AGGAAGAAAACUAUCGAGUCCGGUUGUUCCAAGCGUUGUUUAGUGCUAAUGAAAGGACGUGAAGUUGUGAGGAUGGAUAUCCAUCGUUAGAACAUGACUUUAACUAUGCUGUUUCCGAUAAUACAAGUAACGUUAGUUGGCUGUUUUAGUUAGCUUGUCUUUUGACACGGACUUUUUUUAUCGUACCAGUAAAGACCGGUGCACUACAGCAGAUAGUUCAGAGCUACUAAUAUUAGUUUCUUUAUGCUUGAAGGGAUGGAAUCACAAUGCGAGUAUUUUAUGUAUUUUCCUACUGCUCCAUUAUCGAGUCUGUCAGAUCCGGCGGAGUACACUACUCUUCCGCGGCGAAACCACGUUUACUUCGGGGAGACCGUCCAGUUCCUGCUGGUCCUGCGCCGGAACGCGGCGGGCAGGGAUGACGGCUCCGGUGUUUCGCCUUGGAGGGACCUGGUGGGUUCUCUGUCUGCUCUGGCGAGUGUGUGCGUCGCCGAGAGUCAGCAGCUGAGACCCAGUGUCGGUGAAUACCAGCCAGACCUCCAGAGCAGCUUCAGCGAGGACGGCGGAGAAGAGGAGCCAGGAGUGGAGUCUGAAACCGCAGAGAACCGGGGAACAACACCGGACAGUAACCGGGUUUUCAGACCGUGCAGCCCACUUCUUAUGCACAGCUCGGCCAGUGAGGGACGACAGUAUGGGAGGGAACCGGAGAAGUCUGCUCUGGUGUUGGACGACCAGGUUAUCUUCUGUCUCACUGUCUCUUUGGACAAGCUGCCAGUCAACACAGUCAAAGCCAAGAUCAUAGUGACUGUGUGGAAGCAGGAAGAGGAGAAGGUGGAGGUGAGGGAACAUGGCUACCUGACUCUUCUGCAGCUCAGGAGUCCAACACACACCUUCAGACAGGACCACAGUAACUUCAAGGCACAGGUCAGCACCAUCCUGAAUGUUCUUCCACCUCCCACAGUCCAGUGUCAGCAGAUGACUGUCUCUGGAAAGCACCUGACUGUCCUAAAAGUGUUAAACUGCAGCUCUCAGGAGGAGGUGUGUGUCAGAGAUGUGAAGAUCCUUCCUAACUUUAACUCGUCCUACCUCCCAAUGAUGCCAGAUGGUUCAGUUCUCAGAGUCGACAAUGUCUGCCACCAAUCAGCUGAGGUCAACAUGGCUUCAUUCUAUCGGAUAGACAGUGAGUCAUCACGUUUACCCAGCAUGCUCAGUGCCCUGGAGGAACAGAACUUCCUGUUUCAGCUGCAGCUACAAGACAAAGCAGAGGAGGACUCCAGUGAGGGUUUGGAAGUCUCAUUGGUCGCUGUGUUACAAUGGUACACUCCAACACUGCCUUCCACAAGAUACAUUUCUAGUUUUUACUCAUUGCCCAGUAUCUGCUUGGAUCGUCCUCGGUUGGUGAUGACAGCUUCCUGUCCCAGUGUGGUCAGGCCUCUGGAACACUUCUGGGUAAAAUACACCCUGCUGAACAACUUGCGGGACUUCCUGGCCGUCCGUCUGAUCUGGAAUUCUGAUGCUCAAAGUGGAGAUAAGCAGGACCCCAGAGGGGCAGUGGUGUGCCAGUCUUCCCUCAACCACCUGGGACAGUGUAGGAAGGGCUCCACCCUCUCAUUCACUGUGGCCUUCCAGAUCCUAAGGAUUGGACUUUUUGAGUUGAGCCAGCAUAUGAAACUGAAGCUCCAGUUUAUAGCCUCGGUGUCCACCCCUCCAGUGGAUCCCCGAUCGCCACUGAGGACCUCAUCUAUGUCAUCCAGCCCUGCAGUCAGAAAGCUGCUGGAUGUACACAGGCUAAACCGAUCCCAGAGCUUCUCAUAUCCGCAUCUAUCCAGGUCUCACCAGGUCAGGUCAGGCAGUGUGGUGGAGUGUGGGGCCAUCACCCCUCCUGUUGGAUCUCCAACGGGCAGAGCCCUCUACCUGCCCCCUGACCCCAGCGUCAUUUCAAUGGACAAAAUAGCCAAGAGAGAGUGUAAGGUGUUGGUGCUGGAACCAAUCCAAGAGGCACACAGCAGAUAACCUGGAGUGAAAGGAUCUACUGGAGACAUAUAGAGAAACAAUGUGCUGCAGUCAACAGGACGAGGAACAGAGAAGAAUGGAAACAAAAAUGAUUGGCUAGAGAGGAGGAGUUGUGCUGAUGAGGAGAGAGGAAGGGAUAGAAUGAUGCUGCAUAGUAGAGAUGAUAAAAGAAAAGAAAAGCCCUUGUGGAGUCACAAAAGUUCUUAAUUUCACUGGUUUUCAUUUCUGAAGAGAUACCCCUCCUUCAAAUCAACAUCAUCCAUCUCAUCCCAUUAAUUCCAUUUUUUUUCACAUUUCCUUCAAGCCUUCAUUUAAUUUUACUCAAUGGUUAUUUUUAUUGCUUUCUUAUUACUUCCACCUUCUACACUAUUUGGACCCUUUCUGUUUCAACGAGACCUGUGCCUUAAAUUUAUAUUUGUUGAGGUCUUAUAAGGUCUUAAAAGCAUAAAAUUUGACUUUAGUUUUCUCAAGUGUUAAAGAUUAAAGCCAUGGUUCAGGAUGGGCGGCCAGAAUGCCUCGACUGGUUGGGGGUGGGUGAGAGAGAGAGAGAGCGAGAGAAAGUGAACCAUAAAGAGGGAGGGAGGAAUUUGGUAACAUGCAUUAAUGGGAUGAGGUUGCAUACAGAGGGAGAGAAAG